CUACAGUCUAUAGAGGCGGACGCAGGUAAACGAACGAGCAUGGUGACGGCUGUUGAGCGCGUUCAAGUCUGAUCGGUUCCUGGUGCUCCUGCCUUACUCUCCGUCCUCCCACUUCGCUCCUCUCUCUUCUUUACCUUCUCCUACCCUCUGUCUCCCGCCGGAGAUCCGCGAUGGGUCGGCCCCCGCACGGCGGCGGACCCGUCUUCCGAUUCACUCAGAACGAGGGAAAAGUAGAUGGAAAACAAGGAACGGAAAUCAUGAUUCCGUUCGUUACUUGCACCGAAAAUAUUUGGAGAGAAAUCAGUAGAGAAAAGUGUUGGAGAUGGAAUCUUGUUUGCAAGAAGUAAAUAAUUCAAUACCACCUCGUGAGAUUAUAAGCGCGCUUGCAGAUAAAUUUAGUCAAUCCUCUGAGCGAGCUGGGAAGAUUGUUGUGCAAUCAAAGCAGGUAUGGAAUUGGUUCCAGAAUAGGAGAUAUGCACAGAGAGCAAAGUUGAGCAAGCCAGCUGCAAAGUUAAAUAUUGUGCCUAUGCAUCGAGAAGAAUCAAUUCCAUUUACAAAUGUGGCUGCUCCUAUGUCUGCUCCUACUGGACGGAGUUCUACAGAUAAUGGUCUGGUGGAAUUCGAAGCAAAGUCAGCGAGGGAUGGAGCAUGGUAUGAUGUUUCUGCCUUUCUUUCCCAUAGAUUGUUUGAAACUGGUGACCCGGAAGUUCGAGUUCGGUUCUCUGGGUUUGGUGUGGAAGAGGAUGAGUGGAUUAAUGUACGCAGAUGCGUUAGACAGCGAUCACUUCCAUGCGAAGCUGCUGAAUGUGUUGCUGUACUUCCUGGAGAUCUCAUCCUUUGCUUUCAGGAAGGUAAAGAACAGGCUCUUUACUUUGAUGCUCAUGUUCUUGAUGUACAAAGACGAAGGCAUGAUGUACGCGGAUGCAGGUGUAGAUUCCUUGUUCGCUAUGACCAUGACCUAUCCGAGGAGAUAGUUCCAUUGAGAAAGGUAUGUAGGCGCCCCGAAACUGAUUACCGUUUACAGGUGCUGCAAGCUUCAAAAGCAACUGGUCCCACUGAUCAGCAAGCUACAAUGAAAGACAUCACGUUGAUUUCUUCCAAGGAUUUGAAUUCACAAAGGAGCAGGAAACAGCGCAAGCUAAUGGAUGUCAACACUGAUGAGGUAACGACAAUCCCCCUUCCUCAUCCAAAGGAUUCAAGUAGCUCCCAUGGUGACAAUCCAGCACCAGUAGCAGUAGCAGUAGCAGUAGCAGUUGCAACAGCUGACAAUAGUGGCAGCACCCCUAUGAAGGUUAUAGUGGAGGUGACUGCAGUGAAUCCCCAGAGUAUGGAGUCCCAACAAGAAGAAACUACCUAGUUCGAUGCGGUAUUUGUUUAUGGUGGGAAACAAACCUGUUUUUGAUGGUAGAUGUAGGAUGAACUCAAAGUAACGACCGGUUAUUUCUCAUUUUGCUUUAUAUCAUUGUUGGUCGAUGAACAUUUUGGUUUA